AUGGCCUUCAGUGAUAACGUUCCACAGGGCUUGAUUGUGACCGCUAAGCAAACAUAUUACCCAAUUGAACUUUCGAACGCAGAGCUUUUAGCGCACUAUGAGACCAUCCAGGACUAUCACCAGGAAAUUUCGGCGAACGUGAUUUCGCAGUCGUGCAAGUUCAAGCCCGAUCCCAAAUUGAUCGCCCAGCAACCCGAGAUGAACCCUCAACAGACUCGUCAGCAGGUGAUGACGGUUCUGUUCGAACUAUCAGUCAAAACCAGAGUCACCAACGGCAUAUUUUUUCACGCAGCAAGACUGUACGAUCGCUACUGUUCUAAAAGAGUGGUUUUAAGAGAACAGGCCAAGCUGGUUAUUGCAACCUGUCUGUGGCUUGCGGCGAAGACUUGGGGAGGUUGCAAUCACAUUAUAAACAAUAUAUCCGUGCCCACUGGUGGGAGAUUUUACGGACCAAACCCUAGAGCUCGAAUUCCCAGACUCUCCGAGCUUGUGCACUACUGCGGUGGAGCCGAUGUAUUUGACGAAAGUAUGUUUAUGCAAAUGGAAAGACAUAUACUCGACACACUAAACUGGGAUAUCUGUGAGCCCAUGAUCAACGACUAUGUUCUUAACGUUGACGAGAACUGCUUAGUACAAUAUGAGCUCUAUAAGAGACAAUUGGAACACAACAGAGAAUGGACCCAUAGAAACUCGCGAGGUUCCGAUAGUGAUGCUACGGAGGCGGACGAAGAAGAAGAUGAGGACCUACUGGUUAAAAUACAGCUAAUAAACGUCAAGAAGUUCUUGAUAGAUCUAACCACAUGGCAAACCGAGCUUUUAAAAUAUGAAAUGUUUGAGGUAGCUCACGGAAUCUUUUCUAUAAUAAACAAAUUCACCGGCCAAGAUCAUGGCCCAUUAUUGCUUUCACCUUUACCUACGACUGCUAACCAGGCAGCUUUGCUAAAAAUAUUCGUACUCGCUGUUGUUCAAGCUCCAAAAGUGCUGUUGAAGUAUUACGAAGACAGCCAAGGAGUCAAGGAGUUUGUAGACGUGGUCAGAGAUUACUACACAUCGCAACAGAAGAACCAGCAAUUGGCUACCCAAAAGGAUCUAUCUCGGAGAUCUACCCUGUGCUACGACGUUCCUUCUAUGCCUUCCCCUCCAUACCAUGGAAGUGGAAACUACACGCCGCUCAGAAACACCUCUGCUCCCUCUGACGUGAGCAUAUUUAGCACAGUCGAUUCGCAACCCUCACCUGUGACACCCAUCAUGUACUCAUUUGCUCACAAAACCCAACCUAGCAGUGUGUGCGGCUCAUCGUUGAGCGUGAAUAGCCUUUCGAAUAAACGCAUCAGGACACAGGACUACGAAUGCAUGGACGAAAACAAAGAAAAUACCUUUACAGCUACCGCACCCCCACGAGCCAAAUUUGUAGGUAGCAGCAUUUUUGCAUCUGGUGGAACGUCCGCCACGAACAGCAAUCGAUCUUCACUAGUUUCGCUGGCCAUCAGCAAUAUUAAUAACAUGGUAUGA